AUGGCUCCUGCAAAGAAAAAGUCCAAACGUUCCCCAGCUACUCUCAAAAAAGGAAAUGGUGUUCGUAUGAAAAAAUCAUGGAUCCUAGACAUGUCUCGUUUGAAAUAUUCAAACACCUGUCACCGGCCACCUUUGGCACUAUUGUAUCUCACACGAAUCUCCAAAGGCUUUCGUGCACUGCUACUCAGUCGCUCUAAAACAUGUCGCAUUUGGCAAGAGGUUCUCGCAAGUGUCGAAGGUCGUCUUCCGUCCACUCCUCAAUAUCUUAGUGAGCCCGCAAUAUCUAAUGGCAAAAAGCUAGAGGAUCUCUUUUCCGGCCCUCUCUCCCAACUUGCCAAAGAACAUGGCGAAAAGUUACUUCCACAAGCAAAGCUAAGACUUUGCUCUGAAAAUUCUUUUCAACGACAUUAUUAUCUUCCCGAUAUUGCACACCUCCAAGAACAAUUCAAUGUUCUACCCCAGAAAGACGGUGAAAUAUUCAAUUAUUUUUUACAUCAGCGUCUCCAACUUACCUCAAAUAUUUAUGAACAUGCACAACAGUGCUUAAACUGGGUGCAACGGGUGGAAGAUGCCCGUGAAAAAGAAAGAGUGAAGCUCGUUUCCAAUCGCAAGGCUGACAUCAUAAGCCGGUUGACAAAAGCUGGAUGGGGUGACGAGCUGAAGCAUGUUGUGAUACUCAUGGCCAGCAGGUUUUCUCUACUUCCAGAGGUUAAUAAAACUGAAGAGCUCGACGAUGGGAUAGACGUUUGCCUUUUCCCUGAAGUCCGACACUUACUGGCUGUAGAGUACGAUGCCAGGGUCGCCUACGAGUACCUGGAGGGAGACUUCAAGUCAAUCUUACCCGGCCUUGUGGAAAAGUGGUAUGAGGAUGUCCUGAAAAAGUUUGAAGAUCACAUACGCUCAGAAAUCGAAGUCGAUAAUGACGUUAAUAUCCUGGAACUGGCAGCAAUGAGAACUUUUUAUGGCACAUACCCUUGGUCAUGUCGAUCCAUUGAACCGAUCAUGUGGGGCGAUCAAAUUAAAGACCUGUUCAAAGCAUGUGGUCAAGAUCCUGGACGAGCUACUGUUGCAGAUAUGGAUAGACAAGAUGCAAGGGUUUCCUGCGAUCAGUGCUCCUGUUCUCUAGGACGGGUUAUCAUGACUUGGCGAGCUGCGGUGGACCAUUGUAUAUCUGAUCAUAGGAGGGCUGAGUCAUCUUCGAUAACAUGGUCACUCGUGAUAGGUAGAGAAGAAAGGCAGGCAAGAGCUGUUGAACAAUCCUGUAUGGACCACAGCAUGCGAAAAUAUGCACGGCAACACAAAUGGGCAUGUCUUAGCUGUUCACAUGUGGGUACGAAGAAGGACGUAAUAUCUCAUGUCGUCAGUCACGGUACCCCCGCUAACGAUGCCAUGGAAGGCGAGCAUUACCGCUGGAAAAUAGACAUGCUACCCAUCGCAGUUGAACCAGUGAUGAUCUUCUCCAAAGGAGUAACCAAUUACGACCUUCGCUCACGCGAAGUAGAUUGGUUGAUAGAAGGCCGGGCAGACUAUUAUGACUCGGACUAG